AUGGCCGCCCCCGGCCGCCGUUCUGCCGCCACCGUCGUUUUUGCAGCUAUCGCAUCCUGCGCCGCAGCACAGCCGCCGGCGGGCCCGGGAUCGGACAACCACAUGAGUUUAUCCGACGUGAUGACCAUCUCCUUCUUCAUGGCCAUUUUCUUCCCCGUGUUCGUCGUCCUCCUCGCGUUCGCCUGCCUCCGCCUGUUCCGGCCGCCAGAUGAGCCAGCGGGCGCGGAGUCCACCUCGUCGGAGUGGUCGCGCCACAAGGAGGGCCUUGACGCGGCGGAGAUCGCGGAGCUCCCGCUGGUCUCCUACCGGGACGUCAAGCAGCACCGGAUCAGCGACGGCCUCAACGACCCGCUGGAGUGCGCGGUGUGCCUCCAGGAGUUCGAGGACGACGACAGCCUGCGCCUCCUCCCGACGUGCCCGCACGCGUUCCACCCGGUGUGCAUCGGCCUCUGGCUCGAGAAGCACGUCACGUGCCCGCUCUGCCGCGCCAGCGUCCUCGACCCGCCGGCGGCGGUGCAGCUGGAGGAGCUGCAGCCCCCGUCGCCGCCUCAAUCGCCGCCGGUCCACGACACGGUGGUGCUGAUCGAUGGCCCCGGCCGCCACGACGAGGACCGCGAGCGGAUCAGGGUCGUCGCUGUGGGGAUGCGGCGCGAGGCGGCCGGGCGUCAGGCGCUGCCGCGAUCGAACUCGACGGGGCACGAUCGCGCCGGCGGGAUGGAGCGGUUCGCUCUGCGGCUGCCGGAGCACGUUCGCCUCGAGAUCCUGAUGUCGCACAGGCUGAGGCACGUGACGAGCGCGGUGGCGUCCGUGCGCGUCAGGGAGGGCAGCGCCCACGACAUGGCGGCUGGCGGGAAUUCGGUGCGGAACGCCAUGGCGAGGCUGGCCUCACUGUUCGCGCCCGGAGCUGGGUGGAAGGGCGACGACGAGGAGAUAUCCGGCGGCUCGUCUCGCCGUCGGCGCGAUGACUCGGCGCGAGGAGCAGCAGAAGACAAGAGAAGCGAUUGAUGAAUUGGGGAAAAAAGGAGAUAGGAACAACCUUUUGAGGUAUUGGCUAAUUAAGCUCCAAGAUUAGCUAGUUUUGUUCGUUUGAUUGUGAA